UACAAUAUUUUUUUAUCACUUGUUGGAUUUUGACACGUAAUGCUUUGCUAUUAAGUUGAAAAUUUCCUAAUUUCCAUCAAAUACGCAUUAGAUAAAAUAAACAAAUAUGAGUUAUGCAUUGCAAAUGAACCGCUAAAUAGAAAAGAAUGCUCCUGUAAAUGUAAAUUAAUCACAAAUCAAACAUAUAAUUAUGGCCAAAGUGAUAUUCAUUCAUCCAGAUUUAGGAAUUGGUGGAGCUGAACGUCUUGUAGUAGAUGCAGCAUUAGCAUUACACGAAAAUAAUUACCAAGUUAAAUUUGUCACAAAUCAUCAUGAUCCCAGUCAUUGUUUUAGUGAAACUAAAGAUGGAACGUUUGAUAUAAAAGUGGUCGCUGAUUGGUUUCCACGUUCAAUAUUUGGCAAGUGUGUUGCACUUUGUGCAUAUUUUCGAUUUAUUUUAGCUGCAUUUCAUAUAAUAUUAUUUGAUAAAACAGCUGAUAUAAUAUUUGUGGAUUCAAUUUCGGUAGUUAUACCGAUUUUACGGUUAUUUACAAAAUCAAAAAUUAUUUACUAUUGUCAUUAUCCUGAUAUGCUACUAAGUCAACCGGGUGGUACCUUGAAACAAAUAUAUCGAAUGCCAUUGAAUUUAAUGGAAGAAUAUUCCAUAUAUUGGGCGCAUAAAACCUUGGUAAAUAGUUAUUUCACAUCAUCAGUUUUUAAAAACACGUUCCGUAGCCUGUGGGAUUUAAAUAUCGAAGUUUUAUAUCCAUCGAUAAAUACAUCGAAUUUUGAUUUAUUUAAAGUCGUUCCCAUUCAAGAUAUUUGCCAUGAUAUACCAAGAAAUGCGAUUAUUUUUCUAUCGAUAAAUCGUUAUGAACGUAAAAAGAAUAUUUUAUUAGCGAUAGAAGCAUUUGUUGAACUCAAAGAUAUGUUAUCCACACAAGAAUUUGAACCAAUUUAUUUAAUAAUAGCUGGUGGAUAUGAUUCAAGAGUUUCUGAGAAUGUAGAAUAUUUUCAAGAAUUAGUAAAAGCAGCGGAAAAUAUGAAUAUUUUAAAUAAAGUACGUUUUUUAAAAUCACCAACCGAUAUGCAAAAAGUUUCACUGUUAAAGCAAUGCAAUUGUCUGUUGUAUACGCCCAGUAACGAACAUUUUGGGAUUGUGCCAUUAGAAGCUAUGUAUGCGGGGAAACCGGUAAUUGCGUGUAAUUCAGGUGGUCCAACAGAAACUGUUAUUGAUCAAAUUACAGGGUUUUUGAGUGAUGCAAAUAGUGGUAAAUUUGCGAACAAUAUGUCGAGAAUUGUACUAAAUACAGAAAUUGCUGAUCGAAUAGGAACGAAUGGUCGACAUCGUUUUGAUGAAAAAUUCUCUUUUAGUGCAUUUCAGAGUAAAUUAAUUGGUAUUGUUUCUGAACUUCAUCCGAUUACUUACAAUUGAAAGUAGGAUUUUAAUUUUUUUUUUUGUGAAUAAUAUGAAGUUUUUCAAAAUUUGUUAUUCUACUUAGUUAUGUAGAUAUUUAUUUGGAUACGAUAAAGCCUCAGUAUCCAUCUGAAUAAAAUUAUAUCAUUCAACUUGCUUCGCAUGGGCUAGCAAAGCUGGAAAAUUUAAAGGGAUGCAUGUUUUGAUAAAGCCCUACUACCUCAACUUUUUUUAAGAGGAAAAACUUACUUACCCUUGAAAAACUUGCCUAACUUACCCCUUUUAGAAAAAUUGCCAAUUAAAAAAAAUGUCGCUGUCAAAAUGAGUCUUUUAGGAAGUGGUUGUGUUAUUUGCUUAGGGAUCAAAAAUUACAGAUUUGAUUGUUUUACAUUAUAAAUUUUUAAUAUAUUGGUCAGUAGGGGAUUUGCAUAAUGUCGACAAGUCUUUGCACAAUUAAAUUCAUGUUGAACGACUUCAUACUCGGAAACUUAAACAACGGAAUAUGAAAUUAUCAUUGUGCCCCCGGAAAUUUUUUUUAAAUCAUGUGAAUUUUAAUUUAAUUCAAUUUGUUUAAAUAUGAAAGUCGAAUACUGAUAUAAUACGUGUCUAACAAAUACUAGUCGAAUAAACGAAAAACCCAUGGAAUAUGUGAUUAAUCAAUUCAAAUUCCUCUACUGUGUCCUAGUUGUUAAACUUCAAUUUGCAUUUGAGUUUGUGGUACGAAAUUUUCAAUUUCACAUCCUAAACAAUACCACUGAUCCAUUGUUUCAUACAACAUAAUGACACUGCUUUAUAAAAUUUUACUCCUUUUGAAAAACUUUAUAUCCAAGAAUACGAUGAAUUAGUUCACUUUAAAAAUUAGAAAA